GAAAUAUCUCACUCGCAUAGUCGAAUGUAGUACCAUACGACGUCGUGGACAUUACGUCUUGUUCACAGCAUUAAGCAGAAGGAACCUCUAGUCUCUACACUUUCAGUCGGCUCUGCAGAAAUUGGCUGUAGUACAUAAUAAUCAGAGGCGAAAAGUUAGGGAUUUUACGAGGAAAAAUGGCGGACGUUGAACUCGAGGAUUCGUCGUUACCGCAAAGUUCCGACGAGGAGGCGGUAAUCAACGGAAAGGACGACGACGGGGACACCAUCAUGCCCGGUGCUGGAAAACCUGCGGAGGAUUCCGACUCGGACUCCGAUUCUGAUUCCGACGACGAAGCUCAAAUUAACCUCCAAGUUCAAACGCUAGAAUCUCAGCUCUUCAGUAAUCCCGCCGACUACGACGCUCAUGUCCAAUACAUUAGGGCUCUAAGGAAGCAAGGGGACGUAGAGAAGCUGAGACAUGCAAGGGAGACAAUGAGUGAUUUGUUUCCAUUGACUCCUGACAUGUGGCGCGAAUGGGUUAGGGACGAGACCGCAAUGAGCUCAGGAGCUGAAGCUCUUCCAGCAAUUGAAAAGCUGUACGAGCGAGGAGUGUCUGAUUAUUUGUCUGUUGAUCUAUGGUGUGACUACUUGGAUUUUCUUUGUAAGCAUGAUCCCGUGGUUCGUGAAGGUUCUGCAGAUGGUAGCUCAAAGUUGAGGAACGUUUUUGAGCGCGCAGUAGUCGCUGCUGGACUACAUGUCGUGGAAGGUAGCAAGAUAUAUGAAACUUAUCGGUCGUUUGCCCAAGCACACCUUUCCACCAUGGGAGAGGCUGAUACUGAGUCUAAGGAUAAGUCACUCCAGAAUAUUCGAACUUUAUUUUAUCGUCAGCUAUCUGUACCCCUUGCUAAUCUGGAAUCAACUCUUACCGCAUACAAGACUUGGGAAGCAGAACAAGGUAUUAGCCUUGAUCUUGAUCCUAACUCUUUGGAUGGACUUCCUUCUCCAGUUGCAGCUGCGUAUCAGAAAGCUUUGGAUGCUCUGAAUGCUCGUACUCAUUUUGAAGAAAAGAUUGCUAGACAAGAUGACUCGGAAAGACUUCAACAUUUCAUGACAUAUUUGAAGUUUGAGCAGUCGUUAGGUGAUCCAGCACGAGUUCAAAUAUUGUUUGAGCGUGCUAUAACGGAAUAUCCUAUCAAUCAUGAUCUUUGGCUUGAUUACACUCACUACCUGGAUAAGACUAUUAAGACUUCCAGUAUCGUAAGGGGAGUUUACUCCAGAGCCACGAGGAAUUGUCCCUGGGUUGGUGAACUUUGGGUUUGGUACCUCCGACACCUUGAACGCGUUCGUGCUUCUGAGGAAGAGAUUUCUAUGGUUUUCGAGAAGUCGCUGCAGUGUACUUUCGGAAGCUAUGACGUGUACCUUGAUAUUUUCCUUACUAGAGUUGAUGGUUUAAGGCGGAAGAUUUCUCUUGCUGCUGCAGCGGGGGAGAGAUUGGAAUUUUCUAUGAUUAAAGAUGUAUUUCAGCGUGCAUCAGAUUAUUUGUCUCCGCACCUAGAGAUCACAGACAUUCUGAGAAUGAGUAGUUACUGGGCCCGCUUGGAGGUAAAUUUGGGUAAAAACAUGGUUGCAGCUCGUGGUGUUUGGGAGAACGUCCUUAAAACGAGUGGAUCUGUUUUAGGAGCAUGGGAGGGUUAUAUAGCCAUGGAAAUUGCAGCCGGUCACAUAAAUGAAGCUAGAUCUCUGUAUAAGAGAUGCUACAGUAAAAGGUUCUCUGGUACAGGCUCAGAGGAUAUUUGCCACUCAUGGCUACAAUUUGAACGAGAGUAUGGUUCUUUGGAAGAUUUUGAUGUUGCCAUUCAGAAGGUGAGUCCUCGUCUUGCAGAGCUGCAGUCACUCAAAUUGCAACAAGAGAACAAAAGUGCUCCCCCAAUUGAUCAGAGAGAGAACACCUCGAGAAAGAAUGCUGGGGAAAAGAGAAAACUGCAUUCUGAUGCAACUGAAGAUAAAUCUCGGACAAAACGCCACAAAGAUAUGACUCAAAAGCUGCAGAUCACUGACCCGAAGCCAAAAUCUGAUGCGACGGAUUCAGUUGAAAAAGCUAAAGUUGAAGUCGAUUCCCUCAAAGCAGAAAACUCGAGCAAAGGAGACACUCAUAGUCGCCCUGCUAAAAAACCCAAAUAUUACGAUGACCAGUGUACUGCCUUUAUCUCAAAUAUCAGUCUCAAGGCUACCUCUGACGACAUACGGGCUUUCUUUGAUGAUGUUGGCGGGGUGGUUGAUAUUCGCAUCCUAACAGACAAAUUUACUAAAACCUCCAGGGGAUUGGCUUAUGUGGAUUUCAUUGAUGAUGAACACCUUGCGGUGGCUUUGUGUAAGAAUAAGCAAACUUUAUUGGGUAAAAGGAUAAGCAUUGCAAAGUCAAAUCCACGUGAAAGCAAGAAGAAAGGAACUGCUAGUAACACUUCAGAACAUGGUACUACCAGCAAUCGAGCAGUUGAUGCUGAACAAUCUGACUCGAAACACAUUGCAUCUGGAUCUCAAGAAAACGCUGGUUUUCAGGCAAAAUCUGCGGGCCAAAAGGGUCGAGACGAGAGAGGUGAGUUUAGAGGGAGGAACACAUUUGCUGUGCCAAGAUCUGUGCGUCCCCUGCGGAAGUCUGGUUUAAAACCUGGGGCGUCGAAGGAUGAUGGGGAUGAAGAGCCUAAAUCCAAUGACGAAUUCAGGAAGAUGUUACUGAAAAAAUGAACUCUUAGUGGACUGUACAGGUGAUUCCAGGUUGUGUGGGUUGCCGAAUUUUUGUUCAGUGUUAGUAUGGGAUAUUAGUUGUAACUAAGGCUAAUCAAACUUGUUUAACGCAACUUUGAGAGGUUUAAAUCCCUGGGUGAAAGGUUGCAUUUUUUUGCCUCUUGCUCCUCUGGAAAGUUUGUAGGUAUAACAGUUUUGGCUUUCGGAAUAGAGAAAACGAAACUGUCUAAUUUAAAUUAAUGAUGUUCAAAAUUUGUAGGUAUAACAGUUUUGGCUUUGGGAAACCUUCAAAGUUAAUGUAGCAGAAAGGCUACAGUUAGCUCGAAGUUUUCAGGGUACCGCACUGAAAACCAUAUGUUGUUUUUGUGUUUUCUUGCACGCUACAGUCAAUAUAAACCUGAGCCAGGUUGAUUAGACUAAGGAAGCAGGCAAAUGGCCCAAAGGCUAUUGUUUCAUUUCAACCCCAGUGAGUUGGGCAGUAGCAAUAUGCAUAGGUAAGUAAAAUGAGGCCAAUUCGGUCGUGAACACGGGUUGGGUUCAUUUGUCAAAUCAGCUUCUCCUCUGAAUUUGUGCAAGCUGCACUGGGGUUACUCGCAUUAAAUGCAGAUGUAGAUGUUGUAGGCACCCAAUUUAAUGGUGUUUGGGGAUGCAUUCAAUUCAGGAAAUUGAAUGUGGAAAAAAAUUCCUCGAAGUGAGUUGCUGAUGAUGAUGAUGAUGAUUAGUCAUAUCUUCUUCCAUUGACAAAAAGAAAAUAAAUAAGUAAAAGAAAGAAACAAAAAAACACUCUCAUCUCAUCUUAUUUGUCUAUGUUUGGAAUCUCAUCUUAGUUAUCUAUGUUUCGAUCG